AUGCCGACCGGGAGGAGUUCACAGACCGCAGGGCCAGCUACAAGAAAAAAAAGACUCAAAUGAGUAUUAUUCAUUGACGCAAACGGUGCACCAACAGGAAACAACGCGACUAUAUGCAUUGCAGGAGGAAGUGAUGGUGUAUAUGGCAAUAUCAGAGAAGCUUACCCCAUCGUCCUGAGGCUCAACAUAGAGAUCGUCACCGAUCCUGGACAGAGAAUGGAUGGCUUUGGCCAGCACUGUGUGUAAGAUCUGAGGAACGCUGCCAGGCACCGUCUCUCCUCCCUUCGCUGAUGACUGCUGCCAAAGAGGUGUGACUAAAACAACCUUUGUAUCCUGAAACCACGUACAUUUGGCGAAAGAGGGAGACCUUGAAAAGACACGAGAAGACAAAAGUCAGAGUGCUGCUGAAACUAUUGAGGAUUAUGGAGGAGUGGAGGCAGUGUGGCAAGCAGCCUACACAGAGAAAAAGAAGAUUUUGUAUCCUACCAGAGGAAGUAAAACCUGAAGAGACUGACCUGUCUUCAUACUUGUCAUGAGAAACUGUUAAGAAGAUAAUGGAAAAAGAUUGGAAUACGAAAAAAGAGGGAAACAACCAUCAGAAGCGUCUUAACAGCAAAAGUUGGAGAAAGGGGUGAUGUGAAACACACAGCUCAUCUCUUCUGUCAUGGUCUCCAGCCUCUUUUUAAAGCAACACAUUACAUAAGCCUGUGUGGAAUCCAUCCUUGUUUAGUGGAUUACAUUAGAGUGUUUGCAUGCACUCAUCGUUUUCAUGCUUUUCUGUGACUUCUUGAUUUAAAACACAGCAGUUCUGUUCCUAGAUGUCUCAGUCGGGUAAUUCAGCAGACACUCAGGCCUUGCUGCAGUCCAUGCUGCAGAGACUGAAGCUCCAGUCAGGAAGAGAGGGCCAGGCAUACCUGCACACACCUGUACCCAUUACAACUGCUUCCACAUGGGGGCAAGGUGGAGAAAGAGGAGCCUCCAACCUCCAGAAAGUGACCAGCAGUCAUGUAAAUGGCUUUGAGUUCUGUACUAAUGGUAUACCCUCGAAAGAGUUCGGGAUCUCUGCAGCGGACAGUAACUGCGGCCUCAAAGGUGGGGUAAUAAACCCACCAGGUCUCGGCUGUAACGUGGACAGGGGUCUCAUUUCCUUCCCCAACCAGAGAGACAAUACUGAUGGUGGCAUGGGUGAGAACAGGGUGUUGGGACAGGCCACACAGCCUGGGAUCACCCCAACAGGAAUAGGGCAGCUGUUUCCUGCUAAAUCACUUAUGGAUGCUGAUAUCACUUCCUUUGAGAGGACUGAUAGGGACAGGGUGAGGUACACCCCUAAUAAUAAAGAUGCUGCAACAAGCAUGGGACAGAAUCAGGACCAUGACCAGGGCUUUACACCCAAAGUCUAUGUGUGGUCCUCGAAGCCCUCGGAAGCAAAUCUUGGCACAGGAAGUCAAGAUGAUGAAGUGUUCCAUAUGGGAAAUGGAGGUUUUGGAGCUUUGGCACAAAGUAAAGACAUGCAGACUGUCCUGACUGACCAAUACUCAACAAACAGCAGCCUGAGAAGAAAACAGCGAUCAUCUGAGAACAAAACGAGAAGAUGGACUCAGAAGAUCAAGGAGAGAUGGAGGGACAGGCCGGGGAGUUUUGGCAAAAAGGAAAAAGAAGAAGAACAGAGGGAAGGCCAGAAGAGUGAGCAAGGGACUAAAAUUCCACCUCAAAACCAGCUGCUGACAGCAGAAACUCUGAUCAUAACAUCAGAUAAGGAGGACGGACGGAUCGUCCCUUCACUGGACAGCAGUGAUCCCAGCAAAACCCCUCUGACAGGCACAGAAGACGGCACUAAUGAAGGGUACACAAGGUCUACGAGUGACUUUGACAUUGGCCUGGGCUCAUUUAGCUUACUGGAGGAGAUUGUCAUGGGUCAAGAGUGGGCCAAGUUCCUAAACCCAAACCAAUCAGCCGCCUCAGCCAAUCAGAGGCCAUCAGAGACACUCAAAAUCCCGCCAAAUCCUCAUGAUAGCCGUCAGUCACCUGAGAUUUUGAACCACCAAGGAGAUGUGAACAACCAGUGGAGCUUCAGGGGCACCGAAGCGACACCAGAUUCAGAUUUAAGCAUGGCACAAAUAUCGCCUGGUGCUUUCCUACCUGUCGGCAUGGAUGUUUCAGAAGGAAGGCGACAGCAGUUUGCUCACAGAGAGACGGACCAGUCAGAACCCAUGGAGCAUGGACAUACCCAAUCACAUGUGCGGUGUGGAGACAGUGCACCGGGACAGCAACUGAGACCUCUCUCCUUAGUACAGCCUGCAGACAUUCUGAACAACUCGCUGCUGAAGAGCAGAGUCCACCUCAACAGAAAGAGACAGCAUCAGCCAGCUGAGAGGAGAGACGAGAGACUUCCAACAGAGAAGCGAAGUGAUUCAAAAGAGGCAGACAGAGGGGGGUCCAUAUCUUCAGUGAGUCCAACAAGCAGCCAUGUGAUGGCAGAGACAGGAGAGUCAUGUGAUGACGUCAUACCUUUAUACGUCCUAAACUCUCCUCCUCCACCACCUCUCUGCUUGUCUCCUGUGACUCCUUCUGCUCACGCACCCAAGGGUGUCCUCAAACACUCCAUAUCCCAGGAUUCAGAGUCCUCGGUGGAAAUAGUGACGAAAAGGAGGCGAGUCGAGGAGAACCGGCGGGUUCGCUUCUCAGAGGAGGUGGUGACCAUAGCGCCUCCAGAGCUGGAUCUGGAUGCGACAGACUCAGAGGAGGAUUCAGGAGCAGAGGAGGACUCUGUGGUAGAGCAGGAGAGUGAGGUGGAGCAGGCAGUGAUGGAGCAGGUGGCACCUGCACGCCGGCCUACUCUUCCUGCCUGGAUACUGGCUCUGAAGAGGAGGAACACGGGGAGGAAGCACAGAUAGUGAAACAAAAAAUGAAUGAAAAAUAAAUCUAAUCAGGUGAGAUUGCUUGUCUCAAAAGCAGCUUCAUCUGGUUUGAAGGAACCCUCAUAUUAAUUCAAUCAUAACCUCACCUUUACUUUUUUUGUUACACUUGUCUGUGAGACGUAUGAACUUAAGGCUUAACAGACAACUAAAGGCCACGUUAAGAUGAAAGUUUGCAGACUUUCUGUCUGGACACCUCAUGCACUUCUGUGUUUGUUGCUCCUCGUCCCACCACCGUGUUGAGACUAUUUCAAGCCUUUGCAACUACAACCAUCUACAUACCGCAAGCAUUGAAUCAGACUCAUGCCACAUCACACAGUGCCAACGUGGCAUCAUCGCUUAUAAGCCGAUUUGGUUGCCAUAUGACAUAUUGUGUUGAUGUCCUCUUCUUCCUCCUCCUGUCUCACACUGUACAACAGCAGACGACUCUCUGGUCUGCUGUGCGUGUCACUCUGUCUCUCAGUAAUGGCUCAAUGUCCGGCCAUCCUGGAAAUUCAACCCCAGAGGAGGAAAGAGAUAUUUAGAGCUGAAGUGGCUGCAGACUGCCAGUGGUCUCUGAGAGUCUACAGCUCUCUGUUCAACUCUUGAAAUGUUGAAACCAUAUUUUGAAUCCAUUUGCUUGCUGCCUCUCCAUGUUUCACUGUGGCACACGCAUCCAGCCUUGCUUGGCCUUCAAAUGCUGUUCUAGCCGUCAAAAAACUUUUCACAGACGAGCUACAGAGGCAGCCCUCAGAGAGAUAGAGCCCCUCGUGGCAUUGUGUAUCAUAUUCUGUCAUUUCCUUUCCAUGCAUUUUAUCGAUUUAUGUAAUUAAAUUAGGACAUCAAACUUGGUGGCUAACUGCUGUCAGUUCCUCUGUGGCGUCCCUUCACAGCUAUCUUCUCUCAUAAAUCACUGUCAGAGCCAUUAAGAGGCUCUUUAGCUCAACUAUUAGUGCCCCAGGCACUAAAAUGUACAGUAUGUGGGUGAGAAAGAGAGCAAGAAAAGUAGCUAAAUGUCUGAGAUGAAAGUGUGGGAGUGAAUCAGAGAAAUAAACAGAUAAUUUUUAGACUCAUUUUGGAUUGUCCGGACAAAAAAAAAAAAAGAAGAGGACUUACAUUAGUCCAUUAGUCUGUCCAGUAACAUUCCUACUGUGCAUCAUCACCCAGAAGUAGCCUAAUAAUGGUCCAUUUGUAAACCUCAAACCACACACGCAAUUACCCUACUGCUGUCCCCUCCCCUAACACACACACACCAUUAUCAACCAUGUCAUCAUUAAGGGACUGUUUGUGCUUUUAGUUGUGCAGGACGGAGACAAAGGGCAGUUGGUGAGUGUGCGAACACGACAAGAAAGAGAAAUACUCCAAAAUGUUACGCAAAUAAGUUUAUUCUCAGCACAGGUGGGGUUUUUUUUGUAUUCAACAUGUUUUUCAGAUUCUGGCUCGUUCGAGCAAAGCUAACUGAAAACGAGAAGGGGAUUUAUUCAGGUUUAAUAUUUUGGCUGACAAACAGGAGGUUGCAGUUUAUUGGAGUUAAGACGCCGUAAAACGUCUUGUAAAAUGAAACUGCUCACAAUAAAAUAACAUUUUUACUA